UAUAACCAUGGAGCUGAUUCAGCUUGGUGCAGCUUCCGCCGUGCAUCAACCCGAAGCAGCAGUUGCAGGAGGCGAGGGAGCAUCUUCUUCAAGCGAAAAUGGUGAAAGGUCGCCAAGGAGAGCGUGUCAGACUUUAUGUCAGGGGUUCAAUCCUUGGAUACAAGAGGUCCAAGUCAAACCAAUAUCCAAACACCUCUCUUAUCCAGAUUGAGGGAGUAAAUACCAAGGAAGAGGUUGCAUGGUAUGCUGGGAAGCGCAUGGCAUACAUAUACAAAGCCAAGGUAAAGAAGAAUGGAUCCCACUAUCGCUGCAUUUGGGGUAAGGUUACCAGGCCUCAUGGUAACAGUGGUAUUGUCCGUGCUAAGUUCAAGUCAAACCUGCCACCAAAAUCAAUGGGAGCAAGGGUCAGAGUCUUCAUGUAUCCAAGCAAUAUAUGAGAUUCUCCGGGCCUCUUGUUGUAGUGAAUUUUGUGUGGGCAUAGAAGGAAUUUGCAUAUUACCAGUUAAAUUUUGAUGUCCGUAACUCUUAAGCAGAAUAGCUUUUCAUUAUUUAGGAUGGUGAAUGAACCCAAUUUCAUGUUAGUUCUCACUUCUUUGGUUAUUAAUGAGGAUUGAGCCUCAACUUUCAUCAA